UUUACGAACACUGAGAUUUACAAAAAAAAAAAAAUACAAAACAGGAUAUGAACAGUGUUGUUACUGGCAUAGUACUAAACAACUCGAGACUAAAGACUUCAAACUACGUAAACAAAUUCAAUCAUUUCAGUAAAAAGACGAGCGCGCUAUAGACAAUGCAGCAUACGGUACUGUUCCUAUGUUUUGUGAAAGUUAUUGAAACUAUGUACUAUGCAAAAAUAGGGAAACCAGGCUGCCUAUUGUACAACGGAAGUUGCGUUCAGGAAUGCCCGGAAAAUAUGCACCGUUUUAACAGCGAGUGCCGUCCGACACCGUCGCAGAGGACUUGCGACGAACCUGUAGCAAUAUCUAUGGGCACAAUAUGCGAUUGGUCGCGCUGCGAUUGCGAUUUCCCCUUCGUACUACACCCGCCGUCGGGUUAUUGCUUCGCUUACGAAGAUUGUCCCUGAUACGUUUUCUGAUUGAAUUUUCUCGUUAUCGGCAAAAUAUUGGUGUGUGGAGAAUUCACUAGAUAUAUGAAAUAAAUAUGAUUUAAACGCAAUCCUGUUUUGUUAUUGGAUAUUAAACCUUGUUUAGAACCGAUUUGAAUAAAUAAACAUUUAAAGUUUAACAUAGUUCUGGUAGUACUAUUA